AUGCCGUCGCUUACUUCCGCCAUUAUCCCUAAGCUCAGUGAUAGGGUCAUCAUCGUCACUGGAGGCAAUGUUGGUCUCGGUUUUGAGACUAUCCGGCAGUUGAGAGAGCACAAUCCUGCCCGAAUCUAUCUUGCAGCCCGGUCUCAAGACAAAGCAGAUGCAGCUAUUCAACGACUAGAGCGACUGAACCCGAAUGGCAGCCCCAUCAGGUUCUUAAAGCUUGAUCUCGCGUCAUUUGAUAGCGUGAAAGCCGCCGCCGCCGCUUUCCUCCGUCAAGAAUCCCGUCUAGAUAUUCUCAUGAAUAAUGCGGGCAUCAUGAUGACUCCUGAGGGACUCUCCGAAGAUGGCUAUGAAAUUCAAUUUGGAACAAAUGUCAUGGGUCCCGCAUUGUUUACCCAGCUUCUGCUCCCGAUUCUACGCAAGACGGCCCAGCUUAAUCCUCAGACCCGCGUCGUUAUGCUCUCGUCUUCUGCGCAUAGCCAGGCCCCCAAAGACAUUUACAAAUUCGAUCAACUUCGAACCACCAUGCAGGAUCGGAGAACUACGGCGAGAUAUACUAUUUCUAAGCUCGCCGAUCUGCAUUAUGCCAAGGCUUUGGCAAACCGGGAGCAGAACAUUAAAGUGAUUCCCGUUCAUCCCGGAAUGGUUGCUACGAACCUCCAUCAUGCUUCCACGGGUUUUUUUCUCAAGCCAUUCCUGCAUGCGGCGGUCGGUAUGCUGGCGACUCCGGUCGAACAAGGUGCCCUUUCCCAGAUUUGGGCGGCUGUUAGCCCAGACGCCAAAACCGGCCAGUAUUACGGGCCUAUCGGCAAGGAGGAAUCGGGUUCCAAACUGAGCCAAAGCCUCGAUCUUCAAGAGAGCAUGUUCAGAUGGAUCCAGUCCGAACUGGAAGGUUACGUUGAGGUAUUGCAAUAA